AGAACAAAACCAGGAAAAGAGGAGGAGGAAGAGGAAGCCUAGGCCUAAGGAGUAAGGUCAAUUUGACACGCCCGGAGCCCCAGCCAGGGUGCCUGGUGGCAUCAGACACUUCCUCCCUGGGCCCCAGGAUGUGGUGCCCAGUGCUCAGCCUGCUGCUACUUCUCGGGUGUGUCCGCACUUCUGCCCCCACUUCCACCCACCAGGCCCCCGGCUGCCCGCAGCCCUGCACCUGCUAUGCCCCAGCUGAGCUCCACUGCACGUUCCGCGGCCUCCAUGCCGUGCCCCGCGCCCUUCCCGCCGACCUGGAGCGCAUCAACCUCGGGUUCAACAGCAUCCAGGAAGUGACGGAAGCUUCCUUCCCGGGGCUGCGGAAGCUGGAGCUGCUGCUGCUGCAUGGAAAUGAGAUCCAGGAAAUCCCAGAUGGUGCCUUGCGCGACCUUGAGUCCCUGCAGGUACUGAAGCUGAGUUACAACCGCCUGCGCAGCCUGGGCUCUGGGUCCCUGCGCGGCCUGUGCCACCUUACCCGCCUCUACCUGGACCACAAUGAGCUCGGGGUGCUGCACCCGGCGGCGCUGCUGACGCUGCAGCCCCCACCAGGCCUCGACUUACCUGCCACGUCCUCGCUGCGCCUCCUCAGCCUGGCCCACAACCGCCUGCGCACGCUGCCCCAGAAUGCCUUGCACUGGGCCCCGGGUCUCGAGACCCUGCAGCUGCAUGGCAACCCCUGGGCCUGCGGGUGCCGCAUGCGGUGGUUCCUGGCCUGGGGUGGGCGGGACAAAGGCAUCCUGCGCUGCCGGAGCGACAAUCACACCCCAUCGCCAUCUCUGCCCUGCGCCAUCUGUGCCUCCCCCGCUGCCCUGCGUGGCGUCGACCUCCGCCAUCUGCCCACCCGCCUGCCCUGCCGCCGACCUCGCAUGGGUCCGAAAGUGGAGGAACUGGAAGUGGAGGAGCCGAAAGUGGAGGAGCUGGAAGUGGGACCGGAAGUGAAGGAACCACUGGAAGUGGAGCCCGAAGUGGUGGGACCGGAACCAGAAGUGGAGGGCCGGGAAGCAGAGGACCUUGACGCGGAAGUGGUGGAACCAGAAACAGAAGUGGGGAACCCAGGACAGGAAGUAGGCGACCCAGAUGUAGGUGGCCCAGAAAAGGAAGUAGAUGGCCCAGAAGCAGAAGUAGGUGACCCAGAAACAAAAGUGGAUGACCUGGAACCGGAAGUGGAGGGGUCGGAGGCCUCCGCCCUGGCUGCCCUGCUGCCCUCGCCGUGGCCCGUGGCCCUGCGCGUGGCUGAUGCCUGCGGCCACCCUGCCCUGCACCUGUCCUGCUGGGCCCAAUCUCCCCCCGCCCUGCGUGGCCUCCGACGCCCGGCGCCGGGACGCGUGGAGGUCACCGUGGAGGCAGCGCUGCGCUGCGUCGGGGUCGCCGGGGUCCUGGCACGCGCGCGGGAGCUCCUGGGGGGGCCCACCGACGACCCUGUGACCUUCACACGCGUGGACAGACGGACGAAUAGGCGGGACAUGGCCUACAAAGCCUACGAAGCCUUUGCACACUCCACUGAGGCACAGGGAUGUGAGGACAGACAGACGGACAGAUACACCAUGGCCUACAGGACCUAUGAAGCCCUUGCACACCCCACUGAGAGACGAGCUCGCGUGGGCAGACAGACAGACAGGCGGGACAUGGCCUACGAGGCCUACAAAGCCUUCACACGCCCCAAUGAGAGAUGGCGUUUGGACAGACAGACAGAACUGAGGCCUGUGGCCUACAGAGCCUUGGCACACCCCACUGAGCCUCAAGCACACAUGGAUGGACAGAUGGACAGACAGGCUGCGGUCCAUACAACCCACGAAGCCCUCUCAUACCCCACUGAGAGACAGGCACAUGUGGACAGACAGGCAGACAGGGGGAGUACGGCAUCCAAGGCCUACGAAGCCUUUGCACACCCCACUGAGACUCGAACACUCGUGGAUGGACAGAUGGACAGACAGUCCAUGGCCUACAUGGCCCAUGAGGCCUUUGCACACCCCACUGGGGCACAGGCACACAUUGAUGGACAGACAGACAGACACCCUGCGGCCUACAGGGCCUACAAAGCCUUUGCACACCCCACUGAGAGAUGGACAGGAGUACGCAGAAGGACAGACAGACGGGCCACGGCCCACAAGGCCCCCACGCGAGCAUGGAAGAUUCCGGCACACCCCACUGAGUGGCCUGCAGCCCACGCAGCCCUUGCACACCCCUUUGAGGCCCGGACACCCAUGGAUGGACAGAUGGACACCCCGACAGCGACCUAUGUGGGGCCCCUCGGGUCUGGCCUGCAUGCCUGGGUCUCGGCUGAUGCUCCGGCCCCUGCCUGGCUGCACCCAGAUGCUGUGGACCUGCGGCUGCUGCCGCCUGAGCCAAGCACUACGCGUGGAGUCCAGACCGGGCCGAGCAGUGCACACGGAGUCCACAACCUUGGGCGGAGCACUGUGCAGGGAGUUCACCUGGCAUGGUCAGCGCGCGUGGAGCUGGAUGGGGAUGAGGAGGACGGGGAGGACAGAGGCUGGGUGAUCAUCGAGGCUGAGGAGGAGGAGGAAGAUGGUGGCGUCCACAUUGUGGCCGAGGGGGAGGCCGUGACCUUGCGCUGCCGCGUGGAGGCCGCCAGGAGGUCGGGACAUGUGGGCAUGGUGUGGGUGUUGCCCGACGGGAGCAUGGUGAGGGGGGGAGGCUGGGGUGGUGGAGGCCCAGACAGUGGAGGCCCAGACAAUGAAGGCCGAGACCAUGGAGGUCCAGACAGUGGCAGCCGAGACCAGGGACACCAUGGAGGCCAAGAUGGUGGAGGCCAAGACCAUGGAGGCCAAGACAGUGGAGGCCCACACCAUGGAGGCCCGUCCUUCGGAGGCCGCGUGACGCUGUCCGACGGAGGCCAGGGCCUUCACCUGCGGGCUGCGUGCCCCUCAGACUCGGGUUGGUUCCACUGCGUGGCCCGGGCAGGGUCGGCCACAGCCCAUCAUGCCCACCGCCUCCUCGUCCUGCCUCGGUCUCGACCUCCCUUGGAGGCCCAGGAAAUGGAGGCCGAGACCGUGGAGGCCAAGAUGGUGGAGGCCCGGACGGUGAAGGCCCAGACUAUGGAGGCCCAGACAGUGGAAGCCCGGAAAAUGGAGACUCAGACAGUGGAGGCCGGGCGCACCUUACACUUGCCCUGUGCGGCCUGGGCCGACCCGCCGCCCCGCCUGGCCUGGCUGCUCCCGGACGGCCGAGUCCUGACCCGCACUGGGGCCUCCCCCGAAUCCCGUGCUUCAGUUGGACCAGAUGGGAUGCUGGCCAUCCGGGACGUGCGGGACGGGGAUGGGGGCCGCUACACAUGCGUGGCUGCCAACCGUGUAGGCCAGGCCCACCAGGACGUGGAGGUCGCCGUGGUGGAGGCCCAGGAUGGAGGAUCGAGGAUAGAGGCCCAAGUUGGAGGAUCCAGGGUGGAGGCCCAGGAUGGAGGAUCGAGGAUGGAGGACCAGGAUGGAGGAUCCAGGUUGGAGGCCCGGAAUGGAGGAUCGAGAAUGGAGGCCUGGAGGAGGAAGGGAGGCCGGCGUGGGUUCGAGGCCCGGCGGCGCCUCCUCCUCCGGCCUGAGCAGUGGGCCGACAUCCUGGCCCGAGUCCGAGGAAGGCACCCAGCCUCCACCUCCCCUCCAGCCUCCACUGUCCCGUUGCCAUCGACCGCCGAGGAGGAGGAAGAGGAAGACGGGUCGGCUGACUCAGUUUUCCCCCACACGGGGGGACCAGGCCCGGCCUCCACAUCUUGGGCCUCCUCAUCUCCUGCCUCCAUUUCCCCUCCUGCCUCAAUUUCCUCUCCUGCCUCCAUUCCUCCUGCCUCAAUUUCCCCUUUGGCCUCGAUUUCCCCUUUGGCCUCCAUUUCCCCUCCUGCCUCCAUUUCACCUCCUGCCUCCAUUUCUCCUCCUGCCUCAUUUUCCCCUCCUGCCUCGAUUUCCCCUCCAGCCUCCAUUUCCCCUCCUGCCUCAGUUCCCCCUCCGGCCUCCAUUUCCCCUCCAGCUUCCUCCUCGCCUCCGGCUUCCGCUCCCGGCGGCAGCAGCGGUGCCCUGCCUCAGUUUCCCCACGUGCCCUACCUGCUGGCCCGGCCCCAGGCCUCCCUCACUGUCACCCCCCGUGCAGACCUCACCCUGCCUUGCGUGGCCGCAGGACGACCCCCACCCCGCGUGACCUGGACCCGGCUGCGUGAUGGCGCAGUAUUGACCCCGCACGCCCGCUCCCUGCGCCUCUCUGUCCUCCCCGAUGGCUCCCUUGUCCUGCGCGGGGCCCGGGCCCAGGACGCCGGUGACUAUGAGUGUGUGGCCGCCAACCGCCACGGCCAAGCCCGGGCUCGCGUGUUCCUGCAUGUGCAAGAUCCCUCCAAGGACUCCAUGGACGCUGUGGACACCAGAGACCCCACCAUGGAUGCCAUGGACACGACCAUAGGCGCUGUGGACGCCAUAGGCAUGAUCAUGGACAAUGUGGACACCGUAGACAUGAGCAAGGAUGCCAUAGACAGGACUGUAGACAUCAUGGGUGCCAUAGACUCCACCGUGGAUGCCGUUGGUGUCACAGACACGACUAUGUACGCCAGAGACACCAUCAUGGACACUGUACACACCAUAGACAUGAGCGUGGACACCGUGGACAUCACAGACACCACCAUGGACAACACAGAUACCACCAGGGACACCGUUGGUGUCACAGACACCAGUGUGGACUCCAUAAACAUCGUGGACAAUGUGGAUGCCAUAGACACCAGUGUGGACACCAUGAACAUCACAGACCCCACCAUGGACACUGUUGGUGUCACAGACAAUGCCGUAGAUGCCAUGGAUGCCAUAGACAUGAGUGUGGAUGCCAUAGACACCACCAUGUACAAUGUGGACACCAUAGACACCACCGUGGAUGCUGUUGGUGUCACAGACAAUUCUGUAGACACUGUGGACACCAUAGACAUGAGUGUGGACACUGUUGGUGUCACAGACAUGACCAUGGACACCAUAGACACCACCGUGGAAAGUGUGGACACCGUAGACAUGAGCAUGGACACCAGAGACACCAGUAUGGACACUGUGGAUGUCACAGACACCACUAUGGACACUGUUGGUGUCACAGACAAAGCUGUAGACAUCGUGGACAUCACAGGCACAAGCGUAGACGCUGUUGAUGUCAUGGACAUGGUCGUGGAUACCACUGCACACAAAAUGGAUGCCAACAAGGAUGCCAUGGGAGUCGCACCAGAUGCCAUGGAGGGUGCCGGGGACAACAGCGUCCUGCCAGAAGUCAUGGACAAUACCAGGGUCACCGGAAAUGCCAGGGAUGAUUCUGGGGCUACCAGGGACAUUUCUAUGGGGACCAGGGGUGCUGGGGACACCAGUAAUGUUGUGGACAAUUCUGGGGAUGCCAGGGGUGCUGUGGACAAUUCUGGGGGGACCAGGGGUGCUGUGGACGAUUUGGGGAAUAUUGGGGAUGCUGUGGACGAUUCUGGGGACACCAGGAGCACUGUGGACAAUUCUGGGAACACCAGGGACACCAGGCACGAUUCCAUGGGGAUCAGGGUUGCCGUGGACAAUUUCAGGGGAAUCGUGGAUGAUUCUGUGGGCACCAGGGAUGCCGUGUAUGAUUCUGGGUACACCAGGGACACUGAGAAUGACUCUGUGGGGACCAAGGGCUCUGUGGAUGAUUCCAGGGGCACUGUGGACAAUUCUGGGGACACCAGGGGCACUGUGGAAGAUUCCAGGGGCGCCAUGGAUGAUUCCAGGGACACUGGGGACACUGUGGACGAUUCUGUGGGGAACAGGGUUGCCAUGGAUGAAUCUGGGAACAUCGGGCACACCGAGGAUGAUUCUGGGGGCACUGGGGACACUAGGGAUGAUUCCGUUGGAACCAAGGGCGCUGUGAACGAUUCUGGACACCCCAGGGUCGCCGUGGAUGAUUCUGGGGACACCAGGGAUGAUUCUGGGAAUACCAGGGACAACGUGGACAAGUCCAGGGGGACCAAGACUGCCGUGAACGAUGCCGGGGACACCAGGGACAAGAAGGACACCAUGGAUGAUUCCAGGGGCAUCAUAAACACCAUGAACAACCCUGUGGGUGCCUCAGACCCCAGAAGGCCCACCAUUCCCAGUCCCGCGUGGCCGUGGCACACGCCCCCUGCGAUCCAGGAGGCACCAUGGGAGACAUUGCGGGUCCCAGAGGGGCUGGGCCUUCGCGUGCACUGCUCCACAUGGGACGCCAGGGCCCCACGCAUGACAACAACGAAGGUGCAGUGGACGCUGCCUGACGGAUUGCAGCUGGGCGCGUGGCAGGCAUCAGCAUCGGGCGACGUCCUUGUGUUCCCCAAUGGAACGCUGGCCGUGCGACACAUGACCGCGCACCACGCGGGGCGCUACGUGUGCGUGGCGACCAACGCCAGGGGGGUCGCAGCCCGCAGGAUGGUCACCGUGGAUGUGGCACCCUGGCCCAGCACCCAGAAACCCCAGGUGGUGGGGCAGGCCAGGCAGGGACUGCGCACGGUGGUGGUGCAGGGCGCGAACCUGAGAUUGCACUGCCACGCACGAGGCGACCCCAUGCCCAGGGUGACAUGGAGGCUUCCGGACGGACGCGCUGUGGAGGCUGGGGGCAGCCUCGACACCCGGGUCCACACCUUCCACAAUGGCACCCUGGUGGUUCUUCGGGUGACCCCGCAGGACGCCGGCGACUACCUCUGCGUGGCCCGCAACCCCGUGGGCAACGACCUCGCCAUGCUGCGGGUUGAUGUGGCCCUGUUGGCUCCCAGGAUCCAUCGCCCUGACCACUUGUCCCCCCUCCAUUCCCCUCCUUCUCCUCCUCUCCCCCUCCAUGUGGCCCUGGGCGGCCAGCUCCGCGUUGACUGCGUGGCCAGCAGCCUCCCGACCCCAGAGUUGUCCUGGCAUCUCCCCGAUGGCACCCGGGUGACCCCCGGGGUGCAGGUCGUGGGUCCUGGGGGAUCCCGGGCCACCAUGAUGCCCAAUGGGACGUUGGCGGUGACUGGCGUGGGGCGUGGGGAUGCCGGGGUGUAUGUGUGCCAGGCUCGCAACUGGGCUGGGUGGGAUGAGCUUCGCAUGCGCGUGGAGGUGGGGGAGUGGCCUUCCUCCUACUCCCAGUCCUCCCCCUCCUCCUCUUCCUCUUCCUCCUCCCUAAUCACCUGGCUGACCCCGACCCUCCACCCAGUGCCCUCCCUGUCCUCCCUGUCCUCCUCCCCAUCCUCUUCCUCCUCCAGGUACUCCGUCCACCCCAACGGCCGUCUGUCCAUCCACCGUGUUCAGCGCGCUGACGGCGGCCGCUACACCUGCCUGGCAUCCGGGGGCCAGAAGGCCUCGGUGGACGUGGAGGUGCUCCUAGUGCCGCCCCGCAUCCUCGACAGGGCGGUGGAGGCCAUUGUGCUGGAGAUGGAGAGCACCCGAACCAAGAUGGCGCCCAUAGACACCAUUGGUAGAACCAAGAUGGCCCCAGUGGAUACCACUGGUAGAAGCAAGAUGGCGCUGGUGGACACCAUUGGUAGAACCAAGAUGGAACAGGUGGACCCCAUUGGUGGAACCAACAUGGCGCUGGUGGACACCAUUGAUGAAACCAAGAUGGAACUGGUGGACACCAUUGAUGGAUCCAAGAUGGUGCCAGGAGACACCAUUGGUAGAACCAAUAUGGCGCCAGGAAACAGCAUUGAUCGAACCAAGAUAGUGCCCAUGGACACCACUGGUAGAACCAAGGUGGUGCUGGUGGACACAGUUGCUGGUUCCAAGAUGGCGGCAGGAGACACCAUUGAUCAAACCAAGAUGGCAUUGAUAGACACCAUUGUUGGAUCCAAGAUGGCUCCAGGGGAGACCAUUUCUGGAUCCAAGAUGGUGCCAGGGAAGAUGGUGUUAGUAGACACCGUUGGUGGAUCCAACAUGGGCCCAGUGGACACCUUUGGUGGAUCCAAUAUGGUGCCGGUGGACACCAUUGGUAGAACCAAGAUAGAACUGGUGUACCCCAUUGCUGUAUCCAAGAUGGCACCAGGGAAGUCCAUUGCUGAAUCCAAAAUGGUGCCAGGGAAGAUGGCGUUGGUGGACCGCAUGGCGCCCGAGGCUCAGGCCACGGAGACGGCCCUGCUGGUGCCGCGAGAGGCCCGCACACUGUUGCUGCGCUGCUUGGCGGUGGGGUGGCCCCCGCCCCGCAUCCUCUGGCUGUUGCCCCCGGGGCAGGUGGUGUUACCCCCAGGGUACCGGGGCGGUCGAACGUUGGUGCGCGGGGACGGCAGCCUGGAGCUGCGGGGUCUGCGGCCUGGGGUAGGGGCCCAGGUGGUGUGUGUGGCCCAGAACCCGGCCGGGGAGGUGCGCAGGGCAGUCAGGGUUAGAGUCGGGGGUCACCCCGGGGAUCCCCAAAGGGUGUACCCCGUCAUCCUGGGCAUCACUGCGGCAAUGCACCCUGGAGGUUCCAGGGUGAACCCCACAAUGGACAGGGUGCAUCCCACAAUAGGGAACCCUGAUUCUGGGGUUCCCCACAAGGUGAACCCCACAAUGCCAAUCCCUGGUACUGGGGGUCACUCCCGGAAUCACAAGGUGAACCCCACAAUGGACAAACCUGGUUCUGGGGGUCAUCCCGGGAAUCCCCAUAAGGUGCACCCCACAAUUCUGACCACUGGUUCUGGGGGUCACCCCUGGAUUCCCUACAAGGUGCACCCCACAAUCCUGGGCAUCCCUGCUGCAAGACACUCCAAGAUUCUCAAGGUGAACCCCACAAUGUGGACCCCUGGUUCUGGAGGUCACCCCAGUAUUUCCCACAAGGUGCACCCCACAAUGGGCCUACCCGGUUCUGGGGGUCACCCUGGGAUUCCGCAUAAGGUGCACCCCAUCAACCAAGGUAUCUCUCGUUCUGGGGGUCACCCCAGGGUUCCCUACAACGUGAAUCCCAUAAUGAAUAUCCCUGUUGCAAGACACACCGAGAUUCCCAAGGUGCACUCCACAUUGAGAACCCCUGGUUCUGGAGGUAACCCCAGGAUUACCCAUAAGGAGCACCGCAUCUCUGCUGCAAGACACCCUGGGAUACCCAAGGUGAACCCCACAAUGCACAAGGUACACCCCACAAUGGACAAGGUGCACCCCACAAUGCAGACUCAUGGUUCUACAGGUCAACUCAGGAAUCCCUACAAGGUGAACCCCACAUUGGACAAGAUGCACCCCACAAUAUGGACCCCUAGAUCUGGGGGUCACCACGAGAUUCCUCACAAGGUGUACCCUGCAAUGGACAAGGUGCACCCCACAAUGCAUACCCCUGGUUUGGGGGGUCACCCCAAGAUUUCCCACCAUAUGCACUCCACAAUGGACAAGGUGCUCCCCACAACGCGGACCCCGGGUUCUGGAGGUCACCCCUGGAUUCCCCACAAGGUGCACCACAAAAUGCGGACCCCUGAAUCGGGGGUUCACCCCAGGGUUCCCUACAAGGUGAACCCCACAAUGGACAAGGUGCACCCCACUAAGCGGACCCCUAGUUCUGAGGGUCACCCAAGGAUUACCUACGAGGUGCACCCUACCACGAGCAUCCCUGCAGCAAGACACCCCAAGAUUUCCCAGCAGAUGCACCCCACCAUGUGGCCACCCUGGUCUGGAGGUCACCCCAGGAUCCUAAAGAUGCACCCCACAAUGGAAAAGGUGCACCCCACAAUGGGUGUACCUGGUUCUUGGGGUCACCCCAGGGUUCCGCACAAGGUGAACCCCACUUCCAUCUUCAUCCAUGAAGGCCGCACAUUUCGCCUGCCCUGCCCGGCUGCCAAAUCCCCAUCCUCCCCAUCCUCCUCCUCCGUCCUGCGGGGCCCUCAGAACCGGGGACGCUUCUCUGUGCUCCCUGAUGGCUCCCUGGUGGUCCGCGGGGCCUCUGACCAUGAUCGGGGCAACUACGUCUGCUGGGGGAACCAGUGGGGGGACCGGCAGGAGGACCGUUGGGAGCACCGUCAGGAGGAGCGCGUUGGGGUGGCCCUGGUGACCCGCGGGGCCCGCGCAGUGCGGGAUGGGAGGGAGGUUGGUGAGCUGGGCAUCCCUGGUACCUGGGGAGGCAUUGACUGGCAACCGGAUGGGAACCAGAAGUCAGCCUCCCAGGACCCUGGCAUCCAGGGAGGCAUUGCCUGGCAACCGGAAGUGACCCGGAAGUUGGACACUGUGGUCCUUGGGAACCAGGGAGGGGUUGCCUGGCAACCAGAAAUGAGCCAAAAAUUGGCCUCCCAUGCUUCUGGGAGCCAAGGAGGUGUUGCCUGGCAACCGGAAGGGAACCGGAAGUUGACCUCUGAGGCCUCUGGGAGCCAGGGAGACGUUGCCAGGCUACGCAGGAGGGGAACCUGA